AUUCUUCCAACGGAACUCUACACAACACCUCGUUUUGACCACGAACACCGGAAAAGCGCCCGUGGCUUUGUAUUUGACUGAAGGGAGGAACCAAAAGGAAAGAAAAGAAAAGAAAUUCGCAAGGAGAUGGCAUCCUUCAUCACAACCAUCAACGCUCGGACCCGAGCUCCCUUCAAGCCGCGGUCGGCAGCCAAGGGCACCACUAGCUAUCAACUGAGACAGUUCGCGGAAGCAACCCUGGGAAGUGGAAGCUUGCGGAAGGCAGUGAAGCUUCCAGAAGGCGAGGAUUUAAAUGAGUGGCUUGCAGUUAAUGUGGUCGACUUCUACAACCAGAUCAACCUGCUCUAUGGCGCGAUCACAGAAUUCUGUUCUCCGCAAUCAUGUCCGGAAAUGAAGGCAACUGAUGAAUUCGAAUAUCUCUGGCAAGAUUCGGAAAAUUACAAGAGACCAACGAAGAUGUCGGCCCCAGAAUAUAUCGAACAUCUGAUGAGUUGGGUACAAAGCAGUAUCGACAACGAACAGAUUUUCCCCAGCAGGCUUGGUGUCCCCUUCCCCAAGGUGUUCCCGAGCCUCGUGCGCCAGAUCUUUAAGCGGAUGUAUCGCGUAUAUGCGCACAUUUACUGCCACCACUACCCGGUUGUGGUCCAUCUCGGACUGGAGCCUCAUCUAAAUACCAGCUUCAAGCAUUACGUGCUCUUCAUUGACGAGCACCGUCUGGCCAGCGGGAAGGAUUUCUGGGGUCCGUUGGGAGAUCUUGUGGAUAGCAUGCUGCGCAGUGACUAGAGAUCAAAUCGGUCGAAUGGCUAGACGACCAUGAAGAAAAGAGGUUGAGAGGAUGGCGUUUCGGGUGUUGGCAUUCGGGAGGGCGCAUUUCACUCGUAGAGGCACUCUGGCGUUACAUAGCGUGUGCGACUGUAAUUUGCAUUUUGAGACACGAAUCAAGGAAUGAAGUCUGGAAAAUUGUUCCCAAGUAUAGCACCGCAAUCACGAUAAG